AUGGCACCGAUUAAUACGAUUAGUCAAUCAGUGAAGUAUGGCCUUCAUUAUGCCGCGUCUUGGCCAGACGCGUCAUUUUUGAUUUUACGGAAGUUCCUCUGGAUGAUUCUAUUUUCUGUGCUGCAUUGGCAUCAGUAUAGUUACGUGAUUGCGCACUUUAGAUCUGAUACUCUCAUGGAAAUUAUAGAUAACCUGGGCACUUGUUUGGCGUUCACUUUAAUGGGUGUCAAAUUAGUUAUCGCUUGGGCACAUCACAGCCUACUUCGUAAAAUUUUAAUAACCAUGGAUGAAGAGUGUAAAAAAUAUGCUGUUAUGGAUACAAAUAAUUUAAUUUCAAAAACAGCGCAUUUGUCAUUUUGUUUGACGACUGGAAUAAUGAGUCUGUACGUAAUAAGCACGAUCUUUUAUGCAAUUGAUGUCCUCAUGCCUAAAGAAACUAACAUAACGACAUCUCGAAAACUUUUGUUAAAAAUGGACUUGCCUUUCGACGCCAGCAGAUGGCCCAUUUACAACCUUGUUAUAACUGUUCAAUAUUUUUUUCAAGCAUCAUCAGCCUUUAUGCUCAGCGUAUUCACUGCUCUUCUUUUAAUGGUAGUACUUCAUGUAGGUUGCCAAAUCGAUAUUAUGUGUCAGACAUUGACGAACACUCGUUAUGAAAAGGAAGAGCAACUGAAAUUCUUUAUUAGUAGACAUCAAGAUAUUAUCAUAUUUUCCGAGCAAAUUGAACAGUUUUUUACUUAUACAGCACUUAUUCAACUUUUGACAUGUACUAUUAUUACUUGCUGCUUGGGCUAUCUUAUUAUAAUUGAAUUAAACACUACUAAUGAAAGCAGCAUGCUGACAAAAUGUGUUGUGUUCUAUAUUUCUAUUAGCUUCGAGGGACUUAUAUAUUCCUUUGCUGGAGAAUAUCUCAGUGAUAAGAGUAAACUGAUCGGUAACACGGCGUACGAAUUUCUUUGGUAUAACUUACACCCAAACGAAAGCCGCCUGUUGAUACCUGUCAUAUUAAGAUCUCAAAGAGGAUUUACUUUCACUUGUGGAAAAUUUUCAAGCUUAUCUAUGGAAACCUUCACAUCAAUGAUGAAAGCUUCAGCAUCUUACAUCUCGGUAUUACUUGCAAUGACAUAA